GUCAGAACAGCGCAUAUGCAAGAAUUUUAAUACGUAAAGAAAUCAAGUAUUUCUUAAAAUUGUUUAUCUAUUCAGUUUUAUUGUUUAUCUAUGCAACAAACAUUUGGAAUUUAAGUGUGAUAAUUCUGAAACAACUGAUAAUUUAUGAUUGCGUUUUAAUUACUUUUUUGUUAUAACAUCCCUAAUAAAAUGCUUUUUAAUGGAAUUUUUUAUACACAAAUUUAAGUACUUGCAAGUUAAAACCUACGUUUUGUGGAUUUUACAUAUUGAGUUUAUUUCUUAUACAAAAGCUUUCAAUGUGAUGCAAUUCAUUUGUGUGAAUGAAUAAAUAAAUGUGAUGAAUAAAAUUAAUUUAUUGAAUGUGAUUCAUAAAAAUAAACUCUAGCCAUUAGUUUUAUUUUAAUUUCUUGUUUAUAUCUAUAUAUAAUGCUUACUUAAAAAUAUCCGCCCCAAAUCAGUUCAAUACUUAUUUUAAUUAAAAUAUUAUUUUAGCACCAAUAAGUAUAUUGUAAAUCACCUAUAUAGUCCUAAUAAAUUAUAUUUUUAUGCAUUAUACAUACACAUUCUUAAACCAUGUAGUCUUCCCCUUGAUUUAAAUAAGACAAAAGCUAAAACAACUAAAAAAGGUAACUAAAACAUGUUUGAUUGUUUUGAUUAUAAUACACAUCUGCCAAGUUAUGUGAAGCUCUAGUAUAUUUUAUUCGAUAGAAAUUGUAAGUUUGAAUUUGUGAGACUUUUUGGGAAUAUUAUUGUGGACAAAAAGUUGGGGUGGUGCUUGAAUUGCUGAGAACCCCUGCCCUAAACUGUGAAACUGCACCUAUUGACCAAAAGAGGGCGCCAUUCCCUACAGCCAAAAACGCAGCUGAACCAAAAUAUUGCUUGAAACUGUGUGAAGUUGGGAAAUAUAUUGGUAUGAGAAGCAGCAAGAUUAAAGUAGACACUACUUAUUAUUCACCUUAAGGAGUCGAUGAAGUCGUCACACAAGGUAUGAUGCUUAGGGGUAGCUAACCAAUAAACUUAAUUAAAUGCAUAGACAUGAAAUGUAGUCUCAAUUAAAUAUGAAGCCAUUAAAACAACAUAUUCUAAAUAUCAAUUUAAUGUGUUGUUUAAAAUAACUGUAGAUAAUAGAUCUGGCACAUCAACAACCCUUUCUCCAUUCAAUUUUCCAGAUAAAUAUAAAACAAUUUCCUGCAUAGCUGGAAGCUGCUUAUUUGAUUAGUGGCCUGGAAAAACAAUAUCCAAUGUGUUCUAUAUAAUGUAUUCAUUCACGGCAUGUUUUAAUAGAUACAGAGUUGUGUAAAAACAAUAGAGAGCUUAUUCAGCCGUGAUGUCUGUGGAAUGGGAUUAAAUGCUGACUCAUGACCUGAAACUGUGCAUGAACUUGUGUGUGUAUGUUUGGGGAGGAGGUCGGGCUGCGUGCUGUUGAUUGACAGCCAAUGUGCACAAAUCAGAUUUCCAUUUACAACACAGCAGAGAGGUUUACUCAUUCUGUCGGUGUCAUUGGAGGCGGAUUCCUCCACCGCAGGAUUCACAAGUUGAGUGCCAAUGCGGUUCCCAAUUUGGCCCCAAAACGUCUGAUCCACCCAUCAGAAUUGAGGUGGAAUUUCCCAAUGCUAGUAAACAUCUGCCAAACAGUCUCGGAUUUAAAAGCCCCUAUCGUGAUUGCCAAGUUUCCUGCAAAGAGUUUGAUACUACCACUGACCCAAACCAGAUUUUCAGAGGAGUUUCCCUUAAAGCUUCGCCCGUGCGAUUCUCACGAGAGACGCUCCACUAUCUGAAUGUGUUUAUUCAGAUUAUAUCCGUGUAGUCGAUUAUUCUCUAAUUAUAAAUGCUCUUUGUUUUAUUUCUGGAAACUUAGAACCGUGUAGCAGGAUAUAUGAAAUUAUAUUUGAACAAUACUAAACGAACAGGAAGGAAGCCUAGGCCAAACAAUCUGGGAGAAUGUGGGAGGGACUCAAACUCCAUCUCUUUCUUUUCUGUUUGCAAUCCCUUGAGAAAACACAAGCUAAGCACUCUGCUCUGCUGCAGGCAUGCGCAGACCUAAACGAUUUGAUAAACAUCUGUCUCAGCAGACAAUAAAACAUCAUUUCAAGUUAGUGCCAUUUUAAAUGAGACUUUCUUUUACCUAUAAAACCAUUCACUUUACCACCAACAGAUAUACUUACACCAAGAUGUACAACAGAAGAUAAAAGUCAAGACAUGCAAAAUAAUGUACAUAUUUAUUAAAACAAAAAAUAUCCCUUUCUAUUUAGAAAUCAUGUUUUACAUUAAUAGAGUUAAAUUCUCGUAACUCUGAAAAGAAAAGUGAGUGAAAGUAGGGCACAUCUGGUUUCACUCACGAAGUCACACGAAGGGCAUUAAAAAGUUUUGGACAUGUGUACAGUAAUGUCUGUAUUGCACCCUGUAGUACAAGCUUUCUCUAUAAAUAAACUCUGAGAUUUGUAGGCUGUUGGAUCUCUGGGUGUAGGUCUGACGUCAAGUUAAAAGAGAGCAGGGGGCUGUGCAACCCCGGCCAACUUUCUGCAAGAUCAACCCAGAAACAAGAUCCGCCCUCUCAGCUGCCCUAUUCAUUCUCGGAGUCAACAGGAAAGAGCCAAAGAACCAGACAGGACGAGAAGAGAAAAGAGUAACGCCACAAGAAGAUCAAAGAAAAAGAGGGGGCUUGUGUGCAAGAAGGGCACUCCACUCCAAAGAAGACAUGUCUAACAGUCUUCCCACACCCAUCAAAAUGGAAAAUCAAAAACUGAGGGCUGAAAUCAAUCCUCGGGUGUCCAAGAGCUCCGCGCAGCGCCUAAGCAGAGACCUUACCUGUUCUAUCUGCCUGGAUCUCUUCAAAUGCCCCGUCUCCUUACCCUGCGACCAUACUUUCUGCGAGGCCUGCAUUACCAGUUACUGGAGCGGUCCUCGGAGCAAAGGGACGGGGGGAUUUGGUUCCUGUCCUCAAUGCCGGAAAGUCUUUCCCAGACAGAGCUACCGUCCCAACCGCAUUGUGGCCAAUAUCGUGGAGAGCUACUGCCAGGGGAUAGAGGAGAGCGAGGGUCGGCUGGCCAGUGGACGGGUGAUGGUCGAGACCGUGCCCCCUAACCCGCUCUGCAGCAGACAUAGAGAAGAGCUGAAGCUUUUUUGCGAGGAAGACCAGGAGCUGGUGUGUCUGGUGUGCGGGAUCUCUCAGGACCACAGAUCUCACACGCUGGUGUGCGUGGAGGAUGCAGAAAAGAGAUAUCGGGUUUCUCUUAGUAAUGGUGCAAGUGCCCUUCAAGUUGAACUCAACACCGCUCUGGAUUGUGAAAGAGUGACUGAAAGUGAGGUGAAGAAACUGAAGGACCACACGGCGGAUCUUAAGCAGCGAAUUGAAGCGCAGUUUAGUGAACUCCAUCAGUUCCUGUACCAGGAGGAGAAACUCCUGCAGGUGAAGCUGAAGACGGAGGAACGCAGAGAGCUGAUCAGACUGGACGAGCACAAGGCCCUGCUCAGUGUGGAGAUCUCCCGUCUGCGCAGGGCUAUAAGCGACAUCGAGGACAAACUCAGCGAGCAGGAUCCUUACACGCUUCUCAGGAGUAUAAAGGGCCUGCUGCAAAGACAGCCACCGAAGUUUGAGAAGCCCCCGCUGACGCCGCCCAGUCUGUGUGAGGGACGGUUCGCCGGGCCCCUUCAAUACAGAGUUUGGAAGUCUCUAAAGGGAAGCAUCUAUCCAGUUCCCUCAGCCAUAACCUUCAACUCCAAGACGGCCAAUCCCUGGUUGAGUCUUACAUCUUCGCUUACCUGUGUGCGCUAUCAGACCUUUAACAAUACUGUAGAGGACAACCCACAACGCUUCAACGCCGCCCUGUCUCUGCUGGGCAAUCAGGGCUUCACAAAGGGUCGCCAUUAUUGGGAAGUGGAAGUGUACAGCAGCACAGUGUGGACGGUCGGAGUCGCUCGUGAAUCCGUCUCGAGAAAGGGCGUCAUCAACACGAUGCCCGCCAACGGCUUCUGGACGCUCUCGCUGUCGUAUGGAGUUCAGUAUAUGGCGGGAACUUCCCCUCCAACAUUACUGUCCCUGGAGGAGCCGCUGGCGAAGAUCGGGGUGUAUCUGGACUUUAAGAGAGGCCUGGUGUCCUUUUAUGAUGCUGGGAGCAUGACGCACCUCUAUACCUUUAAAGACACUUUCAAUGAGACCCUCUACCCUUACUUUAAUCUUGGAUUCUUGGACAAGGUGCACGAGAAUGAGCCUCUUAAAGUGUUUCUUCCUAAGAUCUAAAAUAUUCAUAUUUUAUUAUAAUCCUCUAGGCUGGACCUAGCUAGUCGUGAUACAUGUAUGUGUAGCCAAGCAAUUCAUUUUAAAGAGUAAUGUCAUUUAAUAAACCACACUGUUCUGUGGUUUGAUUAGAGCAGUGGUUCUCAAAUGUUUUGCCGUGCAACACUCCGCCCCCUUGUUGGGUGCAUCCCAAAAUAAAUUAUGACAUAAAUCAAACUCGGGAUUUAAACUUAAGAAAAAUUAUACAAUGUAGUGUUGUUUUAAUGUAUUUUAUAAAAUGUAAAAAUAACAUGGCCACCCAGCACCAUCUCAUCCCCCCUGUUUGAGAACCACUGGGUUGAGGCUCAUGGAAAAUGAAACCAAAACUACAAAAUGGUUGAAACCAUGGCCCUUUUUCAUACUUAAAACUGCUGUAGGUAUUUUGUAAAGCCAGAUAUAAGUGGUCUCUACUAGAUAAAACCACAUACCUGCAAGGAAGUGGUUCCCAGCUAAUGGGAAAUGAAGUAGGAAUAUAGUUUGGCAAAAUAUUUGCCGAAAAACUUAAUGCAAUUUGUUUACUGCAGCCUUACAUAAAGCUACUACAUAUAAGAAAAUAGUAUUUAAGCUAAAUAAACUGAUGGAAAACGUUUUAAGUAUAUUUAAGUAUGUUAUGCACAGGUAAAUAACACCAGAAAGCACCUGUAUUUAUAUAAUGAUGGGCACUCUAAUAUCCUACAAGCCUCACGAUUUUUUAUUUAUUACACAUGUAAACUGUCAAAAAUGAAUAAAAAAAGAACAAAAUUAGUUUUUUCAUUGUUUCUACGGUUUGAUAAAGAUAAAAACAAUAAUUCCCACCUUACAAUAGUUGUAGUUACCAGCAGUGACCACAUGGAGGUGCUGUUACUCUUCUGAUGGAAGCUGAUUAAACACUUUGAAUAAAUCACACAGUUCAGUUUUCUGGGAACAAAUAAC